CCCCCUUUGCUGCCAAUUCUGUCCUGCGAUUGCUUAAUGAGGACUGCCCACAAAACGGUAGUAGGAACAAUUACUGUACAAUCAUGCAAAUUGCAGGCUAGUCUGGGGUAGGAGGUCAUUUGAUUUAUAUAAACAACACCAGGAAGUAACGCAGAGAAGAGAAAAAAAAACCAUUUAGUUCCUCAAUUUCAACCUUGCUGCAGGGAGUGAAUAAGGCAGCUCGGGGUUCACACUGCACCGCUUGAUCUUGGAUUUUGCACAAGUUUUGGUGGGGGGGGGGUUUCUACUUGAACUUGAUUCCCAUGAAGAAGCUUUCCCCCUGGAUUGAUAAAGUCUCGUCCUCAGUGCAACCAGGGAAGAGCAGCUUUGUCCAUUACUGAUUCCCAUUCGAUCACUGGGGAGAAAAAAUAUGGGAUGUAUAAAAUCAAAGUCAAAGAAGAACUUCAAUGAAGCAUCAAAUGAAUUGAAGGAAAAACCAGUACGUAAAUCCGAUCCAACUAUAUAUGUGAGAGAUCCCACAUGCAAUAUUCAAGUGCCAAAAACAAAGAAGGAACCGUACCUUUUACCUGGACAGCGAUUCCAAGAUUUGGAAGAGAAGGAUGAGAAAGUAGUCAUUGCCUUGUAUCCGUAUGAUGGAAACCACAAAGAUGACUUGUCUUUCAAGAAAGGAGAAAAAUUGAAAGUGCUUGAAGAGCACGGUGAAUGGUGGAAAGCUAAGUCUCUAGCAACUAGGAAGGAGGGAUUUAUACCCAGUAAUUAUGUGGCAAAAGUCAACACGCUGGAAACCAAAGAAUGGUUCUUCAAAGAUAUCAGCCGUAAAGAUUCUGAGAGAUUACUUGUAGCAUCUGGAAAUAAACCAGGAGCUUUCCUCAUUCGUGAGAGUGAAACAUCAAAAGGCAGUUACUCGCUGUCUCUGCAGGAUUACGAUCACCAGAUAGGCGAGGUAGUAAAGCACUAUAAGAUCCGAUGCCUGGACAGUGGAGGCUAUUACAUCUCGCCCAGAAUUACAUUUACUGAUUUAAAUGAGUUAAUUCAACAUUAUGAAAAACAAUCUGAUGGACUCUGUCGAAAGCUUGGAGUUCCCUGUCAUAGCCCUAAACCACAAAAACCCUGGGACAAGGAUGCAUGGGAAAUCCCACGGGAAUCUGUGAAGCUGGUUAAGAAGCUUGGAGCUGGGCAGUUCGGAGAAGUGUGGAUGGGUUAUUAUAACAAUUCUACCAAAGUAGCUGUGAAAACGCUGAAGCCAGGCACUAUGUCAGUGGAAGCCUUCCUUGAAGAAGCAAAUUUCAUGAAAAAACUCCUACACGAGAGACUGGUGCGGCUCUAUGCUGUAGUAACGAAAGGAGAUCCAAUUUACAUUAUAGCCGAAUUCAUGGCCAAUGGUAGUUUACUAGACUUCUUGAAGACUGAAGAAGGAAAAAAACUGACGUUACCAAAAAUGAUUGAUUUCUCAGCACAGAUAGCAGAAGGAAUGGCAUACAUUGAAAGGAAAAAUUACAUCCACCGAGACCUUAGAGCUGCAAAUGUUCUGGUGUCUGUGAAUCUGAUGUGUAAAAUUGCUGACUUUGGUCUUGCUCGAAUAAUUGAAGACAAUGAGUACACAGCCAAAGAAGGAGCCAAGUUCCCCAUUAAAUGGACGGCACCUGAAGCUAUAAGUUACGGCUCAUUUACCAUUAAGUCAGAUGUUUGGUCCUUUGGUGUGCUCCAGUAUGAAAUCAUCACAUAUGGAAAAAUUCCAUAUCCAGGCAUGUCCAACACAGAAGUGGUAAAUGCUAUUGGGCGUGGUUAUCGCAUGCAGCGUCCUCCAGAAUGCCCAAUGGAGCUUUACGACGUCAUGAAGGAAUGCUGGAAAAGCAAAGCUGAAGAUCGACCAACCUUCGAUUAUCUUAAAAGCUUGCUUGAAGACUUUUACACAGCAACAGAAGGUCAAUACCAACAACAGCCAUAAGAAGCAUGGAAAAAUUAACAAACUAAACUUACACACUGAUAGAAAACUAUUUUUAUUGUGUGAAAGGAAUUCUUCCUUCGGACAUAUCAAAAAACUCCUGUCAAUAAAUUGCUGUUCAAUGUUAAAUUGCACCUGUCCCUGGCUGAUACAGUGGUAUAGUUCAAUGCUCCAACAUUUCUUCAAGUUAAACCUUCAAUGUAAUGAUUUGAUAGAGUCUAGAUUUAGACAAACCACAUCUUGCUUGUAAUUGACAAUAAGAAAAUUAUUUCUCAAAGACAGGAGGGUGGAAAAUUUGUGUCGGUUGUCACUUAAUUGCUGACAAUGGAGUCCCCUGACCAAAUAUAAACAGUUCCAGUAUCAUAAUGAAUUGAGAGAUACUUGUUUUGAAAACAACUUAAGACAAUUUGCUUGAGGGACAAUCCCUGUAUUUUCAGUACCAGUUUGAUUGUUGCAGCCACCUAUCAGUCCACAUUUUACUCUUGGGUGCUAUUUCUAGUGUGAGGGUAGAUAUUGCCAGGUUUGAAUGUUCAUCCACAUUUUAGCACUGUGCUUGAUCAUCACGCUUUGUUAAUUUUACAUUGCUAUUUUCAUUGUGCCAAAUUGUAUCUAAUUGCAUUUAACUGCAAACUGUUAGGUCUGUGCCCUUUUUUGGUUCUACACAAAAUAUUUUUGCCUGAUGAAGGAAACCGUAACAUGGCUUUGCCUCGGGCUAUUCAAUUUGAUUCUUAGUCACCGUGCAGUCUGUUCAAUAUUUUGCAAAAGGAGCAUAUGUAGCUGCUUCUGAAAAGUACCCUGAACAAAAGUAUCAUGCAUUUACACACUGCCAACAAACAGUAAGGGGCAAAUCCUGAGAGUCAUUGUUUAUGGAGCUUUGGAUGAGUAACGGGAAGUUGUGGUUGCUUUUGUUUUCUGAUUAAUUGCUGCGUGGAAUAAAAUGACACAUUUGCAAUCUGGAAAGCUAGGGCACAAUUGUAGUUUGAACGUCUGUGUUCUGUGUCUUUUUUUAAAAAAAAGCAAAGUAUUUUAGUUCUGAUCACUACAUCAUUGCUAUUCUGAUGCUAUGUACAGGAGCAAUAGCACUGACCACCCCGCUCACACCCCCC